UUUCAGAGAGAAGCUGUCUGUAGCCAGACUCCAGAGGGAGCUAGCUAAAGCCAAGAGUGAGGGCAACAUGAAAGAGACGACGAUGCGGGAGCUGAUGCAAGAGCGUGAGGCCCGUAGUUCUCUGGAGAAGCAACUAGAGGGUGCUGUAGCAGAGAAUAAGUCGUGCAAUGCUCAGCUGGAAGCAUUACAAGAAGAGAUCAUUCGGCUGAGGAGUGCUAGUAGUGUGAACUCACUUUGUGAUAAUGCUGAGAGUUGUAAACGGUUACAGAAUGGGUUAUCAUCAACUGACACUGGUCUUAGUGAUGUGGAGAGAGAAAACUGUAAUGUAGUGGUAUCCAACAAGCAACUUGAAAUAAAGGUAAGCAUGAUUGGACUUGAUCUUACCUGUGGGUUAUCAGUACUCCAUGUUCUGACGAAGCAAACUUACGAUCAUUUGUGAGGAUUAUUAACUCUCUGUCAUACAGACUAUCUAGAUCUCCAUGGGUGACCCUAUGUGGAGCUUAAUAAGUUUACUGUUACAUUAGGCUCUCAAACAAUCAUUGUAUUAAGGACUUUUUUGAGUUGCCAUUUGGCAUUGAUUAAAAGUCUGAU